GUUACCUUGCGGCCGUGAAUGUGAGUUUUCAUUUUUUUAAACACAAUUCAACAACUUUUCAGAUCAGCAUCACAUUAUAUGUGUAAAACAGAGACAUAAAGAAAUGCAAAACCAUAUUUUGUGAUGAAUACAAUCUCAUGGCUAAACAAUGACGACUUAUGGCCAAUUAUUGAGGGAUAAGAAAGCCCAGAACUGGGUUAAGGCUGCCUUCGCCCUCAAAAUAACCAAGGAUGGUCUACAGCCUCUGGUAGAGGAUGUGCUGACAUGCGUUCACCAGGACAUCUAUAACAACGUCAGAACAUCUAAGGGUCUUCCAGGCGGGGCAACAUGUGCACAAUGUUUCACCGAGAACGUGUUGAAAUGCUCUACUCGUGGGAUAUGCACCAGUACUAGAAACUGUAAAUUUCAUAACUCCCCUCAAAAGAUGUAUGCUCCGUGUCCAAACAGGAUUUGUGAAGGCGUCCGUGAUGAAAUAAUUCAACAUCACAGGUUUCCGGUACCAUCAUGGAAGAACACGAAUGCCAACAAAUGGUGUACGAGCCACUGGGAGAUCGGCAAGUGUUUCCUGCCUCCUGAUGGUUACAAGACCAAGUCCUCCAUCAACGACAGUGACUUCAACGGAGUGAUCAGCGUCAUGAUGAAUUGUAAGGAUUUCCAGAACAAGCUGUCGUUUAACGUUGCGACACAGCCAAAUUUGUUAACAGAGGUUCGGGACAUUGGUCGACACGUACGCCACUCCAGUGACCAGAAAGUCAAGGACACGGAACUAGUGGACUUUCUGUUCAAGCUCCGCACCCUGCUGGAGGACAAGACUAAACUUGCAACCAGACCCGAGGCACAACACGCCGUGGAACAGCUAAAGAAGCUGCAAACAGACGAUUUCAAGAUAAGCGCAGAGAACGAAGCAGAGAUGUUGAAGGAAGGAUUACGACUACGUUUGGCAAACCAUUACCAAACCACUUUGGCCGACAUGCCGGUAUCUCCCAUUUUUGAGGAAAAGAACGCAAAACUCAGGAAAUUCUACGUGGCACCGAAAAUUGUGGAGAAAGAUCAUAGAAAAAUCGGCAAAAUUGACAAGGAAGAAAGUGGUCAAGAAGUUGCAAAGUUUUCAGAUGUUUUCUCAAAAAACGGUCAGUUGCUCAGAAAUGCUUUCCUUGUUGGCGAACCGGGCGAAGGCAAAUCCACAUUUUCCGUAAUGUGUGCCCUGGAUUGGACUCACCAGUAUUUACCAGCGGAGGAAAACGUUGGUAUUAAAACAAGCUUUGCCGACCCAGAAUUCUUCAAAGAGUUUGCAUUUUUGUUUCAUGUCACCCUACGAGAUUCAGGUAAAACGUGUGACCUAGCAGAAAUGAUCAAGGAUCAACUUAUACGUAAAAUCUACCACGAGAAGGAUGCCGAUGAUGGCUACCGGCUCUUACAGACGGUGCUGGAAAGUGAAACAUGUUUAAUCAUAGCUGACGGCCUCGACGAAUGGACCCAUCCGAAAAACGUAAACUGUACCUGCAAAACUGCGGAAAAAGUCGUCCCUUUCCGAAAUUCGGCCAACAAGGCCACACUCCUCACGACAACGCGUCCCUGGCGAAUGUCACAGUUUAGAGUGCAGGAUUCAAAGAUCGACAAAUAUCUUGAAAUAGAAGGAGCUGCAGACACAAAGCAACUCGUGGAAAAUAUCAUCAACAUUCUUAAUGAGGGAAAUAUGGAUGAACGGACAACAGAGGAUUUCAUGAAAAUGGUGUCAGCGAAGAAUCUUAAAGGAUUAUUGUCAGCACCUAUCACUAUCACCCAGCUCGUGUGCCUGUGGUUCGAGGGAAAAUCGUUUACCGAUUCAAAAUGUGACAUUUAUGCUGGCGUGAUAAACAUGCUGUCAUGUAGAUGUAGUAAUAUGCAACGGAAGCAUAAGAUUCCGAAAAUUGAACUGCCACCUGUAUUAAAGGAACAUGACUGCUUCAUGCAAAAUCCCAUGGUUUACCUUACGCUGGCAAAGUUAGCAUACAAAACGUUGUUUUCAGAGUGCAGAGAUUCGUCUGUUGUCUUCAGCAACACAGCAGUCGACGAUUUGUUAAGCAGGAAGCAGGUUGAAUUUGCAUUGACGUCAGGCUUACUCACGGAGAAGAAAUCCAACUCAUUAAUCAAGAGAUCAUCUCACUUUUCAUUCUUUCAUAAAACACUUCAAGAGUUUUUAGCGGCUCUUCAUUUAUGUUUGAAUGAAAACGACUACAGUCAGCUAUCAAACAAGUACGACCAAGACGAUAAGCAAAAUAUCUUGGGAGAUGUUUCUCAGACAUUUAUUUUCAUAUGUGGAAUGAAGCCCGAGCUCGGUGUACAAAUGUCUUCAUGGAUCAAUAGUUCUAGACCACCAUUCCAACCAUCAUUCGACAGGAGAGAGGCUGAACUACUUCAGCGCCUGAUUCUCUCCGGGAACCGUGAAGCCAGGGCGAACAACUAUGGUGACAUACCGCUCUAUCUCGCACACUUCAUGAUUCAUAGUGAGGUUAGUGACGAGGACGAGGAUAGUGACGAGGAUAGUGACGAGGACGAGGAUAGUGACGAGGACGAGGAUAGUGACGAGGACGAGGAUAGUGACGAGGAUAGUGACGAGGACGAGGAUAGUGACGAGGAUAGUGACGAGGACGAGGAUAGUGACGAGGACGAGGAUAGUGACGAGGAUAGUGACGAGGACGAGGAUAGUAACCAGGAUGUCGUAGUGUUAAAAAAGCUGAUGAUGAUAAACAAGGAACGUAUUCAGUCACUAGACAUCAUGGAAUGCAAUGAUCAAAUUAAUGGGGAAGAGCUGCAGGAGGUGAUCACAUCCUCCUCCGACUCCCUCAAAGCAGUGAUACUGGAGUACCGUGAUGGGCAGUAUGACCUGUCCCAGUGUCACAGGCUGGAAUAUCUGCGUAUAGGGGAAGACAAUACAACACGUGUGCAGGUUGAUCCAACACAUAUUACAACAUGUUACUUAGCUAGAGUAUCAUCGAAUGUUGAAAUGUACAUAUUUAGAUUAUUUAAAAACGAUCAAAGGUGGAGUAAACUACAACGUGUUGUGUUAUGGGAAGUUAAGAAUGUCCAGUUACUUGUGGAUACACUACCAAGUCUCCCUCAGUUACAAAGCCUUGACAUAGAGUGGACAGAUCUAGGUGAGCUCCACCUCCUCCCUCCAGCCUCCAUCACCGAUAUUACACUUGAGUGGGUGACAAUGACAGCGGGGGCGGUGCGGAGUCUGAUAGAGACGAUGAAGAACAUACCACACACCAUUACAUGCGACAUGGAGGAGUGCACGGUGGAACCUGCCAGUGAGAUGAAAGACAUCCGAGAACAUAUGAACAGUUCGCCGUCAUUCGAGGUUCUGUUUGAAUAUGAGACUGGAAACCUUCAUUUCACAUUCACCAAAAUAUGAACAAUAAGUUGAAAGUUCGCAUCGAUUAUGGGAAUUCAUGUUCAAUGAAAAACAGUGAAACAAUCAUAAAAGUGUCAUUCUAUUUAUAGAAAUAUAUGUCACUUUUCCACAAACUAAUUAUCAUCAACCACUUUCUAUGUGUAUUCAUUUAAUAUGAUUUAUGUUGUGUAUUAACAUGCAUCCUAAAAAAGAUUUAACUGUACACAGCAAUGUCGUUGUGGCAGGUGUUAUUAAAUACAUCUAUUUUGGAUGAAAACUUUCGUAAUCAACACGUGCAAUAGUCGGUUCAACUUGACCGACUUUUUUUAAAAAGAAUCCCUUUACAAAUGAACUCAUUUCCUAGUUUAAUGUGAUAUCAUUUGUUAAAUGUUAAGUACUUACUUCGCUUAGGGAAAAUUGAUUGAUAGGGAUGAUGAUCCGUAUUUAAUAGACAAAUAUACCUAUAACAUGUUGACUUUUUUAAUUUUAAUCAUCUAUCACAUAAAUUUCACGUAAAUAUAAUAAUAUCUUCAAAAUAAUAAUAUCAUAUAUGGACAAUUGCUACAAAAGAAAUACCAAACAAUAAACACAUUUAGUUACCUAAAUAAUAGAAUAUACAAUGGCUUAUUAUUUAACAUGUCACACAAUUGGAUUAUAAAUUUAUAAUUGAAGAUAUAAUUAAACGUUG